CCACUAAUGACUGUCCUUUUCAUUCCUUCCUCCUCGGUAUUCGAUCUCCUCCGCGAUUCCUCUCUAACCACCAUUUUCAAGUUCAAACUUCAAACAGGCCUCUCUCUUUUCACUCGCCGACACACUCAACCAGGAAAAAACGAAGAAGAAAAUGAAGAAUAACGUCAACACCAAGCUCAUACUUCUACACCCUUCAAUCCACAAAUCAAACGGAGGAGGAGGAGGAGGAAGUCUCUCUUCACAUCGUCUCUGGUUUCUCUUUGUGAUCACAUUUUUCACAUUAGCAUUCGCUUUCACUCUUUUCACCACUACAAUCCCCAUCUCCGCCACUACUUCCUCCGCCGAGAGUGACUCCGUUUCCACCCCUCUACCUCCCUCCGUCGCCUCCGCACUUCUGCACUACGCCGCCACUGUCAACGCCACCGACGGGAUGACGGCCUCAGAGCUCUCCGCCAUUGCCGGCGUCAUCCACCGUUGCUCGCCCUGUAAUUUGCUAGUUUUUGGACUCACUCACGAGAGUCUUCUAUGGAAAUCGUUGAAUUUCCAUGGACGCACGAUCUUCCUCGACGAGAACCAGUACUGGGUCUCGGAAUUUGAGCGAGAACACCCAGAAAUUGAGGCAUACGAUGUUCAGUACACAACAAAAGUCAGAGAGAUGCCGGAACUUCUUUUGAUUGCGAAAUCACAAGCGAGAACAGAGUGUAGACCCGUACAGAACCUUCUGUUCUCGGAUUGCAAGGUUGGGAUCAACGAUUUGCCGAAUCACAUAUACGACAUCGCUUGGGAUGUGAUUGUAGUGGACGGGCCAAGUGGGUUUUCUCCGAAGUCACCGGGGAGGAUGUCGGCGAUAUUCACCGCGGGAGUGCUGGCGAGGAGCAAGAAGGGUGGGCACAAGACGACGCAUGUGUUUGUGCACGAUUUUGGUAGGGAAAUGGAGAGGGUGUGCACUGAAGAGUUUCUGUGUGAGGAGAAUUUGGUGGAGACUGUAGAAUCCUUGGGGCAUUUUGUGCUGGAAAGAAUGGAGAGCAAUAGUUUUCAAUUUUGUAAGAAUACGACGUCGUUACAUUCAUCGUCAUCGUCGUUAAUGGAUGAAGAUGAGGAUGAUGAUUGGUUUUCGAUUGCUGUUUGUUUGGUAAGGAAAGGGGGGAAAGCAACCAUUUUAGAGUGAGGCAAGGUGUUUGCGCAAUAAAGGAGAAGCAAACAAAAACCGUGGUGUUAAGAUUAAGCUUUAUAGAUUGAUGUGAAGAAAAGAAAAAGGAGGAGGAAGCAAUUCUUCUUUUCUGAUCUUAACGGCGCCGUAUUUCGACUGACGAAAAUACGAUGCAGGCGCUGCUUUUGAAGAUUCGGGUGUGAUUUUCCGCUAACGGCGGUUGCACAGUGAAAUUCAGAGUUCAGACCAAUUACUUCUGGUCACGUGAAUCACGUGACCAAAACGUACGCUACGACAGAGAGAAAGAGACUGGAGAGAUGUCUGAGUGUCGGUGGCGGUGAUAGGUGAACAUGGGCUUGUAGCAGUGAGGGCAAAUACAAUGGUUGGUGAAUAAUAGGGAUACUAAACUGUAUUGAGAAACAUGUUUUGUUGAUGUGGAUAAGAAUGAAAAUAUAUUAUCUCUUGUCAUUGUACAAUGGUGUUAAAUAGAUAUUGGUAUGAGUUAAUUAA